AUAGAGCCUGACUGGCAGCGGUACACAGAGGGCAGCACCUGGCGGCCAUAUUGGCUGUGUCUUCCUCCUCCCGACCCGGGAUCACUACACCGCUGUAACCUUUUCUUCUUUUCUUUUUCAGCCGUGAACUUGGCGUUCGGUCAAAUCGCCAAUCGCAUUGUUGGAGGACAGAAUGGGAAGAUUGAGGACUGGCCGUGGCUGGCGAGCGUGCGCCAUCUACAGACACACGUCUGCGGAGCGUCCAUACUGUCAUCGCGCUAUGUCCUGACUGCCGCACAUUGCUUCCCGCCGGAACAUCUGGAUAAAGAUUAUGAAGUUGUUGUUGGGACGACCGCGCUGUCCACCACGGACUCCAGUGUCCAGACGGUUCUGGUGGAACAGUCCUUUAAGAACCCAGCGUACACACCAGAAGCCUAUUCCUCAGAUAUUGCUAUAAUCAAACUACAGAGACCAUUGAACUUCGGUAGCGCUAUAAAGCCCAUCCGCCUGCCCUCUGCCAGCGUCCAGUUCCCGGCUGGUAUGCGAUGCGCGAUCACUGGAUGGGGCCAUACCGCACACUCAGUUCCACUUACAAACCCUCAGACCCUCCAGGUUGCUUAUGUGACGAUCAUCAGCAGAAGGACCUGCAACUGUCUGUACAAAAUCAACCCCGGCGAGGACACGCUGUCGUCCAUCCAGCAAGACAUGAUCUGCGCCGGGUUAGUGGAUGGAUCUGUCGAUGCGUGUCAGGGUGACUCCGGAGGACCCCUCUCCUGUUACACAAAUAACAACUGGUACCUGGCUGGCGUGGUCAGCUGGGGAGAGGAGUGCGGAUCCCCAAACAGGCCUGGAGUCUACACGGCAACCUCUGCCCAUAUCGACUGGAUCAAGAGCGUGGUCCCAGACGUUCAGGUGGAUGACUUCAUCGUGGACACAACCCCGGUGCCUGACCAUGAGAAUGGCUGUAAGGCAGCGGAUGGCCAGUUAUACCCCUACCCCAACAGUGCAGCGCUGGUCCUGGUCACUCUGGGCAUGCUGCCCCUCUACUGGCUGACCGCGUAUGUCCUGACUGACCUGUAAUCCAGCUGAGAUCAGUCACUUGCCUUCCAUACCACCCCAACCUUUAUUAUACACUCCUGUCUGUAUUGUGUCUUUUCCCUUUACUUCAAUGUCCGGGUUUGGCUAAAGUCACCCUCACAAUUAAGACUAUGCAACUGAUUAAUGGUGCUCACACCGAGCCUGCAAUAACUGAAUGUCUUCCAGCAGUCGAUGCUGCAUGUUCACGUUGUGAUAAAGGAUGUCCCCAUCAUCUGAUAGUGGCUCCAUUCCGAAGAAGUUAGGCUCUGGCCCCUUUGUCACCAUCUUCCUCCAAUCAUUUGCUACUGGAUGUCCAGGAGGGGCACGUCAUCGCAUUAAUGGGAGGACGGAUCCUGGUUCUUGUAUAAAAACAAAAGAGGUCUGCACCUCAGGGGCGGGCCUUGGAUCAGGUGUCUCCAUGAGGAUCUGGAGGUGGGAGGGGCAUCCUUCCCUCAAUGGCCAGCUGAACACUUGUGUACCUCUCCUGGAGGGAACAAAUCCUAUGUCUCUUCUCUGUCUUGUAACCUCGUAUACUUGUAAAUAAAUUCUAAAUGAUUUAUGUGGAGAAUGCGAGGCUCGGGCUGGGAAACACUAUUAGCAGCGUGCGAUUAGGAGAAUGAUUUGCUCACAUCUCUAUUAAAUACAUGAAAUCUUAUUAGGCUGGGAACGAUGGCUUCAUAAAUUAAACAGCAACCCCAUAUACCAUGUCAGGGAAAGCUGGGUUACAUUACAUUUGUGCCCCACACUCGCAGACCUGCCUGAUUGUUCACCAAGGUGAUGGCGCUAGCUUGAUGUCGGGGCUCCGCAGCGAGGAUACAGGACACACUGUGAAUGUAGAUGUCUGACAAUCGUUUGUCGCAAUCUUUACAUCUGAAAUGUUUAUUCUGAGAAUUAUUCACCCUCCUGUUAAUAAAUUAUUUUUAAGACAAAGA